AUAUCAACAAAGUUUCGAAAAGAAGAUAAGAUCGGAGAAAGAAUAACGGAGGACAAAUUAUCCAAUAUCACACCAAGAUGACAUACGCUUCCUCUCAGAAUAUAAUGCCAUUUGUGAGUGAGCUUAGAGCUACAGGCCACGGGGAAGUUUGGGAUCAUACAGACGAAAAAAAACUUCAGCAGUUUGGUUGGAGAUGCACGAAUACCGAGAGUUCCUACAACACAAAUACUCUGAUCGGCAACUGGAAUGAACAGCGAUUUGACAUCAAUAGAAUUUCAAAACCAAAACCAAUUCCUUCACAGUAUAAUCACUAUUUUGAAACGACGUAUGGUACUGGAUAUCAUGCAGUUGACAGAAGCAAAGUACCAGAGGCGUUAAAACAUCUUGAAGCAAGAGAACCAAUAGCAUUUCCAGGUCAUCAGCCAGAACUUGAUCCAAAAGUGCUCAAGAAACAGUACAACUCAUUUGUGACAACAUCUAGAGCAGCUUUUGGGGAUCCAACUUCACAGAAAUAAGUCUGAUUAAUUAUGAAAACCAGUGGAAAUCCCAACUUGUGUUACUUUUUGUGCUUCUAUAUAGCCACAAUGCCCCAAAUUUUUUGUUAAGAAAGCAACAAUAUUUUUCACUAAGAAUAAAGAGGCAGACUUAAAUGUCACUCUAUGGUAAUGAAAGGUUCUAACAAUUUUUAAAUAGUGAAAUACAAUUUGUUUUCAAAAUUGACAUCACAUUUUCAAAGAA